GAAGCCAAAGGCUUAAGCUCCUUCUGGAUCAACUAUGGCAAGUUUCUACCGAGCAUGAAAUGAACACAGGUGCUUGAAAAUCAACAUGAUAAAACCCAAAGAGUUUUUACUGUCCCCAGAUUUGCUAGGCACACACUCUCAACACUUAUCUACAGUUUUAAGAGUCUUGUAAAUGACAGAAGACCCGCAUUUCUACACUUAAUCUUUGGAUUCAGAUAAUUUUGCAGGGUUUGUUUGAGUCAUGGAAAACCUGGAAAGUCAUGGAAUUUAAUUCAUGAGAAAGAGUAUGAACUCUGUUUUGUGUGGCACAUCUUUGAGGUUUCGCAUUCGGCUGUUUGCUUUAAAACUUUUUAACGUCUGAUAUUGAUUUGAUGUGGUAUUUUGCAUCAUACUUUCAAACUACUCCAGAGAAAAGUUAACUUCCAGAAAACUCAUAAAACUUAUUAUCUGCAGGAAAAAAAUGGUUUUAUGAUGGUCUCAUUAAAAGUACUUAAGCCUCCUGAGAGAAAGAAAAUGGGCGAAGAAAACAGCUUUGUUGAACGAAGGUGAAGUGUCUUAAUUAAAAAUGUUGUUGAAUAUUAAGAUAGUUCGAGAUUGUUAUCAUCUGUAUAUAGUAUUUAUUGUCACUUAUCAAAGAGCGUCAUGGUUUACGAUAACGUUAAUAUUGUAUUCUGUGAAACAUUUGUAAAUAAAUUCUUCUUGUUGCAGUGCUGUUCUCUGCGUGUCGUAUUUGUCAGUUCUUGUCUGCAAAACGUCAGAGAGAUAUUUGUUACGCUUGUAACACCUAGCCUAAACCGGCACUUUACCGAAACCGGCAUGACCUCCCAUUCCCGUUAAAUUCCCUCCCGAGUUGAUAUCCUGGGAAAAAAAUAACACACGUCAUGAUCCAAUCUGGAACUGGUUACGGAUGAAUACCAAGAAAGUGAACACAUGGCAAAUGUUAUUGUUUUAAUAAGAUCACGGAAUUAGGGAUAGUCGUGGCAAGAGACAGAAAAAAGGCUACCUUCGACGGGAGUGUACUGACCGGUGAUGAACCAGAAAUUGGCAAAUUGGUGACAUUACGAUAAGGACUUUAAGGACAGACAUUUCGCUCUUCUGAUUGAGGGGUUAAUAUGUAACCUAGAUGCUUGAAUAGUUUCUAAAGACAAGAUACACUCCAAUUUUUCUCGAUGACGGUUUAUAGUGGAUUGAUUUCGAAGAUGAAAAAUGUAUGCAACGGUGUGCAAUUGCGUACAUUGGGAUUCCAUGUCGUCUACAAACCAAACGUCAGAAAGAUUAGAGCACUGUGCUCCUUGGUGUCCUGUUGGAACGAUUUUGUUUCAAAGAUGAGUCGGUUUAUUACUAGAGGAGGCACUAAUGAUGCGAAAUUUCCUUUGGGAUAUAACUGCUGGAUCUCUGCGGUCACCGGAAAUCCAAAUGUUUGGCGAUGUAGGAAAAUGCGUGAAAUGGCAGAUUUCAAAGAGGUCAACAAUUAACGUUCGCAAAGGACGGAAGGUGGAAAAGCCCUUUUUGAAGAGAAUGUUUAUUAACAAACAUCGUAGCAACUUCACCGAAUAUUGGAGGGAAAUGGUUCAUUUGACAUUUUUCCGGCAUUUUUCAAUCGACAUUAUUGUGCUUGUGCUGUAUCAUGCUGGUAUAAAUUCUUUUUAAAUGGCCAACUUGGCCAAAGUAGAAAACUUUAAAUUUGACCACUGGUUUCCUUUCAGAAGAAGAAAUUUUGAUUGAAUCAUUGUUUUCUCUAUUGGAUGAUCAUUUCCCCCCACAGUAUUGAGUAUUUACAUUUAAACACAUCUGCGUCACCUUGGAAUCCAGCCCUAUCAUCCUAGUUGCAGCUUCCGUAAACUAUAUCUCUGCGGUGACCAGAAAAAAACCGGAACAGGAGCAGUGUAGACACAGCCAAAGAGAGGAAACAGUAGGCGGAUGUGAACAAAAGCCUUGUCCUCUUAUAGCUAGAUAACCAAUCAGCAAAUCAUUGUGAUGUGAGAGGGUGCAUCUAAUGAAAAGUGGUGUGAAAUGCCAUUGUUUUAAGUUUAUGUGACUGAGCAGUUUUAUUUUGGUGGUUAACUCGAGUCACGUUGAUACUGAGCUGAUAUUUGUGAACUGUGUUAAUUGAAGAGUGAAGCUGUUUUCUUGUGUUUCGAUUUCACUGAUUGACAAACGCAUGAUGAUGGAUGCAACCCGGGUUGUAUCACCCAGUGUGCUGUGGGUUUUGCUGCUGUGUUUGACGGCAGUGGCGGCUCAGCCGAGGAUCGAUAUUGCUCCUCAGACAACCACUGUUGUCGCACGCGGCACUGUCAUCCUUCGCUGCAGAGUCAGUAAUAAGGGCAUGUAUACUGUCAACUGGAUAAAAUUUAACAAAGUGAUUAGCAACGAUGAUUCAAUUGUACCCGUUGCCGUCCCCUCUACCCGAUACUCCAUUGUAGGAGACCCAAACCAGGGGAACUACAGCUUGAAGAUUACAGAUAUUUUGCUUUCGGACGGUGCUUCUUUUCGGUGCCAGCUCCGAGCACCUGCUUCAGGAGGUGAGGACAUUGUCUCAGACCCAGCUACUCUUAUCGUCCAGCAUCCACCGGCAGAAGGUUACCCCCAGUGCUCCCCCGACUAUCAAAGCUUCACGGGGCUGCAGGUUGGGCAGCAGGUCAACUUCUUUUGUUCCACGGAGAGGGGCGAGCCGGCAGCACACUUGAAUUGGACCCUUGAUGGAGCUGAGAUCCCAGCCAAACUGACCGAGUCCACACCAGGUUUCAUUGGAUUGAACUUCGCUAGAAAUGUCACCACAGAAGACGACGGGAGAGUCUUCAUCUGUAUCUUGACACACGACCUCUUACCAGAACCGAGGACUUGUCAGGUAGGACCGUUAGAUGUAAUCUUCCCUCCUGUGAAGACCACCAUCAAACCUACACCUCGUGUCCCCAAGGAAGGCAGAACACUCCUCCUGGUUUGUGAAGCAUUUGCCAACCCCAUCUUAGAUAUGACUUACACAUGGUUCGUCACGCCACCAACCCCAGAGAUUGGGGAGAGGCAAGUAAGCAGAGUCAGUAGACUUCAGGGUAGCAUAUGGGUGUUAGGAGAUGUUACUCAUGAAGAUGAAGGCACAGUGGUUGUCUGUGAGGCUAGAAACAAUCUUGGAGCACUCAACGCCUCCUUUACGAUCGACGUCUUCAAAAAAACCACACCUCCUCCGCGCCCGACACCACCUCUUGUCGUCCCCACCAGAGGCCAACCACCGGUCACUGCUGCACCUAAAUCAGGAGUUCUUACGACGCCCUAUGUCAUCAUUCUCAUUCUAAUCGCAGUGGCAUUGCUCCUAUUGACUAUCGCUUUGGUCAUUUUUGUUGUGAAGAGGAAAAAGCAACCGUCCACUGCUGUCAUCACAGUGACUGAUUUGGACAACAUGCACGCUGACGUGCACUCCCUAGCCUCCUUCGGGAACAUUUCCCGUCAUGGCACGCCUUACCUCGACCGUGUCGACUAUGAACUCAACAGAAGUCGCUCUCACAGCAGGGACAUGUUCGACAGUGUCAGUCUGGACUCAGCCUCUGCUCUGGUACGGUUGCAAUCUCGCGAAUCCCCCACCCGUAGAAAGCAAAGCGUGGACUCUCUAGGUAAACCCCUCCGCUAUGAUCAGAAUCAUCGGGAGUACCGCAGCCCAAGCAACGGUUCUCCCACUCACCGCCCAGCCAAGCGUCUGGACUCCUCCCCCAUCAAGGAGCGCAAACUCAGCGAAUCGGCACACAGCCAAGCCGGUCGUCCCUUACCCAAGAUUACCGAGCCGGUUCAACAGAAUGAGUACGCUGAGGUGACACCAGUCGCUGUCCGUAAGAAAUAUAACGAGUCUCAGCUGUCGGUUACAUCUCCAGAGUCAGGUUUUGGUGAGGACGACGUACUCAUCAAACCUUUGAAUGGCGCUUAUCCAUCUCAGUCUUCUAAUAACUGUAACUGUAGCCGUAAGAUGUCCCAUGUCGAAGGAGAUAUUUAUCAGGCGGAAGCUAGAGACCAGCAAGCGGCGUUCAGUUUCUUAUCUCCGCUGUAUUUCCUCUACUUUGCUCGUCCCGUUGUACUUCGAUCGGGAAGAAUGUUGUUUUUCCUCCUUGUGUCCCUGGCGACCUCACCGCUGGUCUUCGCGGUGGCAGACACUCCGAAGUUUGUACUCCAACCGCGGGAUACGUCGGUUAUUUACGGUGAAACAGUGACUCUGUACUGUUCGGUCAGCGGUGAAGAAGGCGCCCAGUUUGUGUGGAUCAAAGACGGCAGCGUCAUCACUCGCGGCUUCUCCAUACUGACCACUGACUCACACCGGUUUUCCAUCGGUGUGACGGGCACUGGAAGCUACAACCUGGUGAUUACUGACGCGCAGGCUGGAGACUCGGGUUCUUACCGCUGUGUGGUGACAACGGGCGGUACCGGGUUGAUUUCUAACACCGCCAACCUUCAGGUUUGGUCUCCACCCGUUGUUGAGUAUCCUACAUGCUCCGGGGCGGGGUCUAACGAGGUAGCGGUCGGAGAGACAGUUACCUUGUCCUGUGAUGUAGAGGGAGGUAAUCCUAAGGUCCAGCUCUUCUUGAACAAAGGAGAUGUCGCAGUGGAGACCAGAGAAACCACUACAGGAAUAUCGUAUGACUGGACUGUGACGGAGUCAGACGAAGCUGCUGAGUUUGUUUGCAUCGGUACUCAUCGCUUCUGGGCAGAACCACGCACCUGUCGGUUCGGACCAUUCCAUCUCGUCCAUGGGCCACCUAGCCUGAAUCUGGUACCGGCUGAGACGACAAUCCAGGCCGGCCAGUCUGUGUCUUUCCUCUGCAGUGCCGAGUCGGCGCCCAGAGCAUCAUACACGUGGCUUGUCGGCGGCGAAGAGGUAGAUAGUAAUGGUGGUAGUACGGCGCGAAUGACGGUACACGAGGUCGGAAGUAGCAGCAUCCUCCUCGUACGCGAUGUUGGGAACGAGGAUCAGUCACUUCAGAUUAUGUGUGUUGUGAGUUCGGCAACGGGCACAAUGUCUGCUGGGGCUGUCGUUCACGUGGAGCCUGUCUACACUGCUGUCACUGGUCCUCCACCAACCCAAGAGCCAUCAUCCAAAGACAACGACAGUGACCAGGCAGAUUCAGACACCACCAAUGAUCGUACAUCCGCCGAAAGGAACGACGAGAAUGACAAUAUCGCCGACGACGAGCCGGAGAUUUACAAACCUGCCAACAUCAAUCUCGUCGUUGGGGGCGCCGUGGCUGGAGUUGGUGGUCUGCUCAUCCUGGUAAUAGUGAUUGCGUUGAUCUUUAGGCGAGGUCGGGCUUCCAGAAGCAGAGCGAGCAGAUCGACCGAGAAACUAGCAGUUGGUGCCCAAGAUGACAGCGAUGUCUACUUCCGAAGCCGCUUCGUUGGCAUUGCUCGCUCUUGGCUGUUCCCAGUCCACCGGGAUACACAAAAGGGAAUGGCAGCUUCUAUGGCAAGUCAACAAAAUCACCGAGAAUUUCCAGAUUUUCUGGCGGACAUGUUGCGACGUUGGACGGUGAUGGUCUGGUUGGUGCUUGGGUCUGUGAGGAUGACAACCCAGGCACUGACUUGGAUCAUCCGACCGGUAGAUGUUCUGGUCUUUGAAGGCCAACCUGUAACCCUGAGCUGCGGGAUUAACUACGCAUUAACGGGCUACGAUAAUCAUCACUGGGUGCGGCUAGAUCCUAAGAGUGACCAGCAAUCGUUUUUGACGGAGGGAAAGUACAUAUCGGCAGCGCUGAGCGCCGACAAACGCCGGAGAUAUUCGGUAACCGCUCAGACGUCGGCCAGCGGCUAUACGCUUCGAAUGAAUGACGCUACCAAAGCCGACAGUGGAUUAUAUGGCUGUUUGGUAUACAGCCGCACCAACGUCAACAGACGUUCCUUGUCCAAUUUUGCCCGAGUCAAGGUGGUGCCACGGGCUCUGCCAACGGGAACGCCAUUGUGUAAGGUAGAACCGCCCCACCCACAGCCAGGAACAUCAGUUCAGUUCAGCUGCUCUAGUACAGUCGAUGGAUCUAUCACCAGUCUGUCAUGGUCUCUGAGUGGGGAGCAGGUGGUUGCAAACAGCGUCCUAGCAAGCGAGAGAUCGAGCAUAACCUUCCGUAAAACACUUGGAGAUAUGGAUAACCAGGCUGUGUACACAUGCACAGAACGAUGGCCAGCAACUGGGGGCCAGCAAGCUUCCUGCAGCAUUGUGCCUUUUGACAUGCCGGUAAAUGUGUCAGUAAUUCCCUUGAGAGUACAAGUCGUGUCCGGUGAACCGGUAACAUUUACCUGCCAUGCAGAGUCGGUCCCUCCAGCCACAAGUUACAUGUGGUACUACGAGGGUCAUCCAGUCGUCGAGAGACCAGACCUCUUUGAGGUCCUCAAUGACGGGAGGAAGAUGAAGAUUUUUCGUGUCGUUGGUGAGGAUUUCUCAAAGUACACUGUGCGUUGCAAGGUCAAGAAUAUGUUAGCCAUGAAGAGAAGCGCCACCGCGUUCCUAGACGUGAUACCGCUGUCCCAAAGGAACGCCAUGUUGGAAAAGAAGCUCAAAAACCAAAGUAUCGACCACUCAAGGAACACGAGUAAUGCUGAGGGCGACAGUCACGUCAGACUGCAACCAGGUGGGGUGUACGACAGGACAUUGGUCACUGUCUUGAUAGCUCUGACCGCUUCGGUUGGUACGGCCAUACUGCUGGUCCUAGCCAUGGUGCUUAUUGCCUGCUUACGAAGACCGAUUAAACGACGGCUGAGCUCAACAGGAGAAAGCGACCAGCAACCGUUACAUGUCUCAUCCUUCCCCAUGAACGAGGUCACGUCAGCUGCCGGUUCUUCAACGAAGGCUGGAAAAAAUCGAAACGGAAAAAGACGACCGCUGUCUUCGUCCUCCUACCAACCGCUCCAGAGGGAUUUCAGUGUGUCUGGGGGGUCUCCUAUAACUAAGAAAAAAACAAUGCCAGUUCGAAAGAUCUCAUUACCAGCCAUACCUCAGAAACAUAUUAAGAGCGUCUCGCUUUACGAAAACGCAACACCACUCCGCCUGUCUCUGUCGGAAGGUUUGGACCGUGAGAGGGGGUCCAAAUCAAGCCGAAAAGGCCCAUUCGCUCCAGUAUCAAUUUAAGUCGCUACCAAAAUUAAGUCAUAAUUUCGACAGAAAUGAUUACAUGCACAUGUAUACGAACACUUCAGAACAUGUAAACACGGUAUAGGUAACGCAGCGAGGUAUGUUCAUGACCCUUUUCACUAAAUUCAAUGUUAUUUUUUUACACCCGCGGGAACGUCAUCUCAGCUAGCACAGUUUGCAUAUUAUAACCAUUGACCUAAGACUCAGUAUAAUUAUGUAUUCAUUAGCUUGUUCGUCAGAAUAUUUCAACCGGUAACUACUUUGCACUAAAUAAUGAAAGAAGAGCAGACUGAAAUUUGUUUUCUAAAAUUCCGAAAUCUAUGAUGUUGAAACUCAUUGUGCAGCACGAUACAUUUGUCAACUAUUAUUUGCCUCCAAUCUGGUGACAGUAGCCCCCCAAACAAACAAGAACAAAAUCGAGCAAAACUAGAAAUUGAUUAUGUAGAUUCGUCUCGCGUAAGGAUUAUAAAGGAGUGAAUAAGGUGAAGUAGGUUAAAUCUGUGGAGAAUUGUCCACUGUUGUCAUGUUGUCACUCGUUGAGGUUAGUCAUACCAGGCUUUGCGUGUCUUGAGAGGAUGUAUGGGAGGCAGAUGUUGCUGUUUAAAAACUGUUGUAAGGAGCCCGUGGUUAUCUAGAGGUAUUAGUUGAUUAUCAGCAUUCCUAUAUCAGCUUUGAAUGCAUGGAAAUCAUCUAAGGCUCAGUCUUUGGGGAAAAACACAAGGUCUCUGCCAACUAUGAGCUCAGACGCACUCCCUUUCGAUUGCUUGAAGCGCUAAUCAGGCUCUAAGUACGGGAUUCAGCUUUUACUCGUUUCCUGCGCUUUCUUUUUGGCCAAUCACUUUUGCUUUACUAGGAAUAAACGCACAGCACUGUGGGUAUAAUAACGUUAUCGUCAUUGGGUGUGUUUGACUAGCUUCCACGAGUUACGCGGGUUUAACCUCGUUUCCAUCGUCUCGUUUUCUUACACGAUGCAUACGACCACCCCGAGUCAGGGUUGCUUUGUGAAAGCUAUUCGAACGUACCAGCAAUGAAUACUUCUGUAUUCAGCAUACUUGGAAGUCAUCCCGUGGUUCACAGUCGUUGUAUGAAUUGGAGCUCAAGCAAAGCGGCUGUAACCAACCAACCUUUGGCAGGGCGGGGUACCGGUGACAAUCUACCCAUAUCUUGUGGGCGUUAUGGAUUUAGCACCGGGAAGCAGUUUAUCAUCUCAGACUAGCACUUGAGCUUGUGUAUGCCCGUCGCAUGCACAACAAAGGAUUGCAUACGUAUCUCUUGAGACAGUUGGCGUGCGUGUCAUUCUAUGGGUUGAGUCAUGAUAGCUCACAAUAGCAUUACUCACCACGCGGAGAAAAAAACGUGCUUCACUAUUGUCUUGCUUCCUUUCCUUUUAUCUGCUGUUGGUAGAAAAUCAUUCAAAUAAGGUACAAAUAUAGAAACGGGGUGUUCUGGACAACCUGGGGGAUCUGUUAAUUUUGUAGGGACUUAAAACUGUAGGAAAAUUUUGGGACGUAUCUGAAUAGGGCGAAUUACCAUUUUCAGUCUUCGGCCUCAUCUUCACAGCUCACGGGAAAGUAUUGCUAUGAAAUCUUCCUUUAAGACAAAAUAUAUAUCAGAAAAAAAACGGGUCAGUUGGAAUGGUAAUAUGUAGUCUUUUCCUGCUAAAUCUGGGCAAAGUAGGCAAGAGCUAAUAGAUUGGGCAAUAGGUCUGAUUUCCGUCUCACAAAUAAACAACUGCAUAUAAUAUAAAACACAAAUUAUCGGAUCUGUACUUGAAGAACUAAAAAAAAUCAAAAAUUAAAUCAUGUUCCUCAGUUACUCUAUCGGGUUUCAAGGAAAUGGGUAACCUAUCAUGAGUAUAAAUGACAGUUGUCAAGUGAGCCAAAUUUAUUGGAUGCACACAUAGUAAUCUUACGUUUUUUGACUGAGUCCAUGUUUUGUUUGAGGACUGAGUGUUUGUAAAGGUAUGUUGUAUAAAACAGUAAUGUUGACAUUGACGAAUGACUUCUAUUCGUGAUACACAUACUUUGUUGACUUAAUUUUCUUUCAAAGAAGACCGACCCUUAAAGAUCACUUGUGCAUAUGUUUUUAAAUUCCUUUUCGUUAUAUUGUCAGUUUUUAAAAUUGUGCUUAUCGCUGUCUUUAGUAUCUAUAUUAUGGUUUGUUUUUAUUAAUCCAAAAGACAUUAGACCUCGUUGGCAAAAAGGGAUAAUUAAUGUAUGGAUCGAUUAAAAACGUAGAAUUAAAUAAUUAAAUCUGAUAAAUAUGACUGAAAAUGAUCAUGAGAAUGCUGCGUUACAUAAACUUCUCUUCCCAGGUGGAAGGUUAAACAGAAUUACAUAUUCGAAGAUGUAUAUAAAUAUACGGUGUCAUCGAAAUCUAUAGAGAAUAUAUUUUUAAAUUUGUGUGUAAACAGAUAUACGCUAAUGUUUUAUUAA